UUUGGUGUGUAUGUAUGUUGAAUUUAUACUUUCAACGUCAGUGGCCGUUUGUAAUCGUUUACGUGGUGGCAGCUAGUUCAAAACCUUUUUUCAUUUCACACUGAACGUUGUGUAUUCCCUGCGCGCUGAAUAACUAAAGUGGUCGAGAAAUAUCGAUGUGUAGCAUAGUGAGCUAAUUCAUCCGUCAUAUUGGUCCUUAACUCACAACUUGCUUCAGUACUGUUGCUGAGAUGGAUCCGAAGAAUCAGACACGAGGUGUGCUUACUGCUGCUCGCAGAGAGCAACAGAUACAUAUAGCCGAAACAUUACCGGCGGAUGAUGAUGGGCUUUUGGCCGGCUUAAAGAAACACAAAGUGGACACCGAAAACGAUAGCCUCGGUUUGCAUUGUAAUCCGCUUUUUAAAAAUGGCAACAAAAGAGUUGUUAUCAAGUCAGACAGCCUUAAAAGUGAUUGGUUGGGCCUUUGGAAGGUACCGGUGAACAACCCUUUUAACAUGUAUGGUACCAUACCAUCACGCAUGAAGACACGUGAUAAAAGGAAAACGUACUCAGUACCACCUUUGGUUGACAUUGUCAGCGACACCAAGCUAGAGGAAUGUUUGCGUAGGUCAAUGCAGACAAAACUAUCGCCUGAAACUCAAAUGAACGUUGGAAGUGGGACCAACAACAUGAAUCUAGACAGUACUGAAUCUAGGCUCUCUAAUGUACAACGCAUCAACACCAUACUAUCGGAAUCAAGAAGUUUGAAGUCGGCACUCUCCAUAUCCACUGCAAGAAGCACUGUAGAUAGCUUACGUUAUUCGGAAUCCUUCGAGGACAUGAUCCCGGAAGCCGUAGGACCGACGCCAACAGAAAUGCGAUUAACUACGCUUUUAAACAAUCUAUACCUGACAACACGCAAUGGAUUUUUAUCAGGAGCACUACCGGAAAAUCCCGGAAAGGACAAGCAUCAUGUAGAUGCUGAUUUCAUAGCAGUGUCUUUGGCAAGAAAGGCUGGAUCUAACCCAGGACUCAUUCUAUUCCAUGAACUUGAAUCAAUCGUCUCAGCACCUACACGAUAUCGCAGUUAUAGGGAUUCAUACUCAUCGAAAAAGUGGGAUCAAACCGAUUACUCCAUAAAAUCGGACAAUGAGGUUCUUGUUGACAAUGCCGUACGUAAACAGCGCCGAGAUAGCCAAAAGUCGAUUAAAAAAUCACCAACAAACCAAACACAGGAAUUUGUAUUCACGGAAGAACGUGAUCUGUUGCUCUGGAAUGCAUCAACAGAUAUAGCCAGAGAGACAAUGAAGCGCUCAGGGAUCGCACCUCGUCCAGUAACUUACGACUUGAACGAUGACUUUAUGGUAACAGACGCAGACGAUUAUGCAGUGCUGCAAACGAGAUUUGGUAAAAUUAUAUACUCCCCCAAAUUCAAAGAUGAUAAAUAUAUGUAUCGCUUCGUCUUGCUCACCAAAGAAGCACAAGAGGCAGUGGAAGCACUAAGUAGGACACUGCCAAACGCAAGUCGUCACCAAGGUAACUACAUAACUUCACACGGACCUAAACGUUACCUCACCGAAUUUGAAAUCGUAAGGCAACUUGGGAUACAAAUGUCCCCAGGAUGGGAGCACUUCAUGUAUUUUAAGGAAUUAAAUAAAGAGCUCGUACUUAGAAAACGGCUGUAGAUAAUAGACUCACAUCAAGGUUCUACACUU